CAAAACCUUGUCUGAACAUCCACACACUAUGUCACAAAUAUGCCGUUUAUGUGUGAAUACUUGCAAUGAUUCGAAAAGGCUUUACGAUGAGAAUGGCCGUGUUACGGAGUUGUAUGAUAUCGUCCACAAUUAUUUCCAUCCUAGGAUUUUGAAUUUGAGACAAUGGAGAAAUCUGAAUAGCAUUUGCAUGAUAUGUUGGAUACGCAUAUGCGAUUUUCAUAGCUUCGAGACCACGGUGACAUUGGCUCAACUGAAAUUGCUAGAUCUGGAUCAGAAUUAUGCAGCGGAAGCAGGUGGAGGAGGAUGUGGGGGUGGCGAAGUGGAAGUAGGAGUAGGGGAGAGAAUGGCAGUUGCCUCAUCAUCCCAUGCUAACCAACAAGUGGAGCUGUUACCCUUGCAUGCCAUUAAAGAAGAACCUCCUUUAGUUACAAAUGACUGGCAUUCUGAGGUUUCACAAUAUUCUUUGGAUACCGAUGAACCUCAAAUAAUGACUGUUGUUACUCAGCAGCAGCUGCAGCAGUCUUUAAUACGACCCUUGCAUAGUGGGCCCAAUUAUGAGUUAGAUAAUUUUCCCUAUCUACCAGAGCAUCAGGCCACAAGACCAGUUGAAGAAGUAUUGACUUUACCAAACUAUCCAAGUCUAAGGAACAGUUUGCCAAAGCCUGUAGACAUAAGAGAAAGACAAAUAAUGGUAUUAGAUUCCUCCGAUGAUGAUGAUGGUGAAGAAGAAGAUUCCCAGGAUAUUAAAAUAACUUCGGUUAUGUCUCUAGCCCAUCCCAUAGUCUUUAAGCCCUUUGAGAGCAAAGAACCACCUAGAGUAAACAGAAAUGAAGAAGUAACAGAGGCGCACCAAGCAAAUUCAAAUAGGGAAGAAAGGCAAUUACAGGCAAAUGCCAGGGUGUUGAUAACAGAUUGUAAUAUUUCCAAUAACAACAACAAACAAGCCCAGCAGCAGCAUAAGAAGGAGCAACAGCAGCAGUAUCGUCUCGAAAGCGCCUCUCUGGAAUCUGAUCGUGAAUUCGCAACCCCAGAACCCUUAGAAUCUCAACCUCGCUUGAGAAAAACCCAAGAGGAUCAAAACUAUAUCAUAUCCCAAUGGAGGCCUACGCUAAAAUGUGAAUUAUGCUCGGAGUCUUUUAACCUUUUCUCAGUCUUCGAAGAACAUUUCCGUUUUAGCCAUCCCAAAAAUAUUUGUCAUGUCUUUUGCUGUGAUCGCAAAUACGUGGGGGCCAUAGAAAUGAGGCAACAUGCCCGCAAACAUCUCAAUCCCAAAUCCUGCGUUUGUGAUUUAUGUGGCAAAUGCUUUGCCCAACGGUCUUCGCUUAAGAAACACAUGCUCACGCAACAUUUGCGAUUUAAGAUACCCCAAGGUAAGAUGCCCAUGCAACGUAAACGCCAAAAGAAGAGAUUUAAAAAGAAAUUGGCCUACACCAAAAAGAAAAUUUCCAAAAAUCCCUUAAUAAGAAGAAAGAAGAAUUUGUCGGAGGACCCAGAAGUCAUUGUGCCACAGUCAUCAGAAGCUCUGGAGCCUUUGAACAAUGUCCUGGAUGACCUUAUGACCCAAUGGCAGCCCCUUGGCAUAAAAUGUGAAUUAUGCUCUAAGAUUUGUGGCAAAUAUUCCCUACUUUCUGAACAUUUUCUGGAACUACACCCCCAAGAGGCUUGCCAUAUUUUUUGUUGUGGUCGUAGAAUCUUUAGAUCACAAUUGGAGAGUCAUGCCCGCAAGCAUCUCAAUCCCAAUGUCUUCUAUUGCGAUUAUUGUGAUAGCUGUUUCACCCAGUUAAGCAAUUUGAAGCGUCACAUAUUUAAUAGGCAUACCAAGCGUAAGGAUUGUUCCAAGAGAAGGGAAAAACCCUUGGCUAUUGAAAAAAAUAAACCAGAAAAGCCAGCUGAAGUAGAGCAGAAGCAGUUAUCAAGCGCCCGUAACAUAGACGAUCUCAUAGACAAAUGGAAGCCCAUCCUCAAAUGUGAGCUGUGUACUGAAAUAUGUCCCAAAUUCUCUCAUCUGGAGCAGCAUUUUAUACAGGCGCACUCCUCCCAGGAGCUGUUCAUUAGCUGUUGCAAACGAAAAUUCUCAAUACGCUCAAAGAUUGAGCGGCAUGCCAAGCAUCAUUUGAGUGCAUCGGGUAAAGGAGGCGUUCGCUCUCAUCAGAACUGUGAAAUAUGCUCCAAGAGUUUUUCCACCAGAAGAGGUUUGCUCAUACACUACAAUGCCAUGCAUUUUGGUCAUGGCGGCGAUGAGGCGAAUCAUGCCCAGGCCUUGGCCCUUUACAACUGCAAGUUAUGCGGCAAAGCCUAUAGGGAUGCCAAAGCCUUGUAUCGACACAAUUGGCUGAUGCACAAAAAGGAUUUGAAAUUGAAAAUCAUAGGACGCAAGCUGAUACAAAAGGUUAAAACAAAAAGGAGAAAGAAAAUUAAAAAGACCAACAAAAGAAAAAAGCGAGAGGUGGAGGAUGAGGAGGAAGAUGAUAGUGAGGAUAAUCUGCCUUUGAAAAAGCCCAAAGAGAAAGAACAGCUUAACCACCAGCAAGCAGAAGCCAUAGAUAUUGAGCCAGAGCCUGAGCAAAGGGAAGAGGAAGACGAGCAGCCCCAAUUCUUUGAAUGUCAAAAAUGCCCCAAAAAAUUCAUCACCAAAAAGGGUCUGCUCAUACACAUAUCAGUCAAGCACUUGCAGGCAGAAGACCAAAAGUCCUCAUCAGCCCUGCCCGAGGAGGAUGAAAGCAAUAUCGAAAACUAUGAAUGUGAAAAAUGCAGCAAAAAAUUUCUCACCAGGAAGGGGCUGCUGAAACAUUUGAGCUUUAAACAUUUACACAAUACAGUAGAUGAAUCAGCAGUAGAAGAAGGACAACAACAACAAAGCCCAAGUUCCCUUAAGGAAAAUUCAGCGGAUGUGUCAUCCUUGGCCGAAAAUGGGGAUGAAAGUGUGGUAGCAGAAAAUGAGGUCUAUGAGUGUGAAAUAUGCCAUAAAAAGUUUUUCACCAACAAAGGCAUGAUCAUACACACCAAAUUGAAGCAUUUGGAUGCCUUUAGAUCCUCGGCCCUUUACAAAUGCAAUCUAUGUGACAAGACCUGUAGAAGUGCCCGUAAGCUGUACCUGCAUAAACUUAAACUACACAAGCUAAGGCUGAAAAUCAACAAUGGCCAAGUGUUAAAGAAAAAUCUCAAGGCCCCCAAAAUGGCAGAAUCUAUAACCCCCAAAUCCCCCAUCGAAGAAGGCCUAGACAACGACAACAUUUCAAAAGCAACUCCUUUCAAUAUCAGCGAUAAACACAUUGGCAAAAAAAAAUGGCGUCAACUAUUUGAUGAUCUGGUGGCCAAAUGGCGACCCCAACUACAUUGUGAGCUAUGUUCGCAGGCCUGUGAUAAUUUUUCCCUUUUGGAAUUGCAUUACCAGCAACAGCAUAUUGGCGAAACCGCCUACGUUAUGUGCUGCAAUCGUAAAUUUGUCUCCCGAACUCACCUGCGGGAGCAUGUCAUGUAUCAUCUGCAACCCAGUGUAUUCCAGUGCAACGUAUGUGGGGCCAGCUGCAGUAGUCAUGGAGUCCUUAUACAACAUCAGCAAAAAUGGCAUCCUGAAUUUGUGGAGUUUUCACACAACUGCCAGUUGUGUGGCAAAACUUUUGAGACCCAAAAAGGUUUGUCCACCCACAUGACGGUGAUGCAUAAUGGUGAAAUCAGUAACAAGAAGUCCAAAUACAAAUGCAGCAUAUGCCAUCGAGUAUAUGGCACCUGGGAGUCUUUGUGGAAACAUAAAAGACUUGUUCACAAGAAGGAUUUGAAAUUGAAGAUUGUGAAUGGGCAGGUGGUGAAAAAGAGAAAAAUGAAAAACAAAAUCAAGAAAAUGGAGGAAACAGAAGAAGAAGAAGAAAAAGAACCACAAAAUUCGCAGCAAGCACCGCAAUCGGAGGAUGAAGAAGACACCAGUUGGCUAGUGCCUGAAACUGAAACUGUAGAGCCCCCGUUUGACAAUGAAUUUGAUGAUGAUCAUGACUUGUCAACCACCAGCUCUACCACCAAUAGUGUCCCUUAUGUGGGUCUCAAGCAAUGGUUAGAAAAUCUAGAUGAUCUAAUUAUCAAAUGGAAACCCUUGCUCAAAUGUGAGCUAUGCUUGGAGUCAUUUCCCAAAUUUAGCCAAUUGCAGGAGCAUUUCCAACUACAACAUGGCGAAGAGAAAUUUUUUAUGAAUUGCUGCAAUCGCAAAUUUUUGAAAAGGCCUCGCAUACGCGAUCAUGCCAUGUUUCAUCUGGAUCCCUCUACCUUCAAAUGUGAAACAUGUGGCUUGUGUUUCGAAGCUAGGGAAACUCUAGCAAAUCACAUGAAUGUUAAGCAUCCGAAAGUGGUUGAUCAUCCCGCCUAUGCCUGUGCUAAAUGUGGCAAGGGUUUCACCACCUCCAAGGGGGCGCUGAUACAUGAAGCCUUAUCCCAUUGUCAUUUGAUGGAGAGUCCUCAAGCACCAAACACUGGUAAAAGCAUCAUUCCAAACCCAUCAACUGCUGCAGCUGCUGCUGCUGCUCCUCUCCCACCUCCACUUCCAGCAGCAGCGGCUAGCCCUGUCGCCACUUCUCCAGUGUUGUAUCCUUGCAAACAAUGUGACAAAGUUUAUGAGAAUUACAAAUCCUUAUAUACCCACAAAUAUCGAAUACACAACAAGCCUGCCACCUCCUCUGCUACGAGCAGCGAACUGGAAACUGAAGCCAGUCCUAGAGAAGCAAAUUUCAAUAAAAUCAAUACUACGCCACCACCAACACCUUCACCUUCGGCUGCUGCCAGCAUUGACUCAACUGAGCUACAUCAGUGCCCGCAUUGCGAUAAAUCUUAUACCAAUAGCAACUCUUUGGCUGUACACAAAUGGCGUUGCCAUAGAACGACCACAGUGCCUGGUAUCAAUAGGGGGACAAAUGAAAGUGCAACUCAGCAACCGCCGUUAGAGCAACAGCCCCAGCAGCAGCAACCACUUCCCGAAAAGCAACAGCAGCCGCCUCUCUUCAAAUGCACCGAAUGUGGAAAAGUUUGUGACACUUCCAAAUCCUUAUACAGCCACGUCUGGUAUUAUCACUCGCAUAACGAAUUCAAAUGCAAGGUCUGUGGCAAAAUCUUUAGACGGUUUGCCCAACUCAAAGAGCACAGUGCUGUGCAUACUGGCAAAAACGCCUAUGGCUGUAUGUUCUGUCCAAAGACUUUUAAAUAUUACACUGCCGUAUACCUGCAUCGCAAGAAACAACAUCCCCAUGAGAUGUCAAAGGAGUACUAUAGAAAAUUAAAUUAAAUUUCAAAAUGUAAAACAACAAUUUUAAGAAAAUUUAAAUAUCACAACAAGUCUAGCAAGGCAAAAAAGAAACAAUACCAUGCCAUCAUGAAAUGUUUUCAAGAAUAUAUAUAAAAUUUGUGUUUUUCCUUGGUCUAAGACAAUUUUUAGUUUAAGUUUUCAUUUUUUUCUUGUGCGAAGAAUUUUUAAAGUUUCUUCAACCAUUGUACAUCCCCUGAAAUAGUUUUUAUGUUUAUGUAUGUGUUAAAUAUAAAAUAAAAAAGAAAGUUUUUUUUUGAAAAAUCUCAAAGUUUAAUUUUUGGCUGAAAAAAAGGACGGUUGUUUUGAAUUAAGAAUUACAAUAGAAAACAAUAAAGAUUCCCAACAUGUUCUAAUAAAAUAUCCCAAACGAAGGGUAGUUAAACUUUCUCUUUCUCAAUGCAACCCUUUUCCUAUGCAAUGGAAAGUUUUAGGAUCCAUUCCCAAUGCAAUGGGUAGUUUUAGUAUAUUUCCCAAAGGAAAGGUAGUUUUAGUACUCUUUCCCAAAGGAAAGGUUAGUUUUAGUACUCUUUC